UGCAGCUCCCAUUGCAUGGUCGCUCAGAUAGGAAAUGGUAUGGCUGAUCUGUUAGCGGCACAUUUCAACAGUGGUCUCGUGGCGAAGCGUCCGGUGUGCGGCCCCCCCGGCACGGGAGCGCUGUGGCGAGAUCUGGGCUUUGUUGCCCAGAGAUAUGUAGUGAAGGAUGAAUUUCACCCCUUCAUCGAGGCCCUCCUCCCCCAUGUGCGUGCCUUCUCCUACACCUGGUUCAACCUGCAGGCCCGCAAGCGCAAGUACUUCAAGAAACACGAGAAGAGGAUGACGAAGGACGAAGAGCGCGCGGUGAAGGACGAGCUGCUGGGCGAGAAGCCGGAGAUCAAGCAGAAGUGGGCGUCGCGCCUGCUGGCCAAACUCCGAAAGGACAUCCGGCCGGAGUUCAGGGAGGACUUUGUGCUCACCAUCACGGGGAAGAAGCCCCCCUGCUGUGUGCUGUCCAACCCCGACCAGAAGGGGAAGAUCCGGCGCAUAGACUGCCUCCGACAGGCGGACAAAGUGUGGCGCCUGGACCUGGUGAUGGUCAUCCUGUUCAAGGGGAGUCCGAUGGAGAGCACGGACGGAGAGAGGCUGGUGAAGUCUCCGCAGUGCUCCAACCACGGACUCUGUGUGCAGCCGCAUCACAUCGGGGUCGCCGUGAAGGAGCUGGACCUCUACCUGGCCUACUUCGUGCACUCGCCAGGUACACACACACACACACACUUGGAGCAGCGUAACGUGGAGCUGGAGACGGAGAUGGUGAGCCUUCACGAGGAGCUGGACCAAGAGAGGAAGAAGUACACCAUGGCAGAGAUCAAGCUGCGCAACGCGGAGCGCGCCAAGGACGACGCUGAGCGGAGGAAUACGAUGCUGCAGAAAGAGAUGGAGCAGUUUUUCUCCACGUUCAGCGACCUCACUGCGACUGGAAACCCCCCAGCAGCCGACCCCCGCCGACCAGAUCGUAACAACCCCAUCUGGAUACAGUGA